UAAUCAUGUCAAUGUGUAUCAUCUAGUGUGGUCUAGCGUGUCUUAAUUUACACAUCUUCAUUAAGGUUCAUUUGACGCGAUGCCGUCGCUCUCUGAACUGCGAGGCCGUUUGGCUAAGGCACAAGCUAGGACUAUAGUUUCUAGGCUUAGCAGUUCGCAGUGUAUUGAUUUAUUGCUGAAGGUUUGCCAGAAACGCAAUAUCACUUUGGUGCCAACUUUGAACGGUGAUGAGCUAUUGACUUUGAAGCAAUUAGAGAUCGAAGUUAUCCGAAUGAUAGAUGCACAUGGCGGUCGCAUAUCAAUUUCGCAAAUGGCAUCUGCUUUGGCAAUACAGCAGAACUACGUUGACUGCACGGUUGAAUGUCUAUUGAAAGAACACAGUGAUCAAUAUACUCGUCUGCAGAACACUUUGAUUAGAAAGGACUACACUGCUUGGUUAAUGGGUAUUCUAAGCCGACGAUUAUGUGAAUGUGGUUUGGUGAAUGUCUGUGAUUUUGCCAAUGAGUUCGAGUUACCAUUUGAUAUGCUUAAAGUUUUGAUAUCGCAAUCGGAUGUUAUCAAAGGUCGUAUGAACGGUAACAUGCUAGAGUCUGGAGAGUAUGAAGCCUGUAAGGAGCGUUGUGUCAUGUCAGCGUUGGUCGCCACUACAGUGCCAAUUUCUACAUUACUCCUGUCCACGGUUACCAAGCAGGAUGUGAACUUGAUCAAGGACACCAUUACAUCUUUGGUGAAGAAAGGUAAGCUAACUGGUGAGUUUAAAGGUGGUACUUACACUCCAAAAGUGUAUUCCGAUCACCGGUAUGCUGAGAUAACUAAGUAUUAUAGUGUCAAUGGCUACGUUGAGCGCAGUAAAGUAGACAAUCUGUUAAAGUCCUCUGGAGACUUGCUGCACAAACUAUUUCCUGAUGCCAUGACACUGGAUAGUGUCCUAAUCAAUCGCAAAAUUCUGGAACCGAUAUCAGUACUUGUAAAUGAGGCCAUUGCACAUCAAAGUUGGCGUGAUAUUGGUGUGAUGUUGCCUAUUGAAUUAUCUCCUGGUGAUAUGUCUGUUAUUUUGGAUAACAUAAAGGGCGCUAAUAAGAAUGGCUUUGUAGUAUGUGGGCUGUAUGUGACCACGGCUUUUGAGGAUUCGAUGGUUAAGUUUGUUGUUGACAACCUGAAAGGGCGCUUCGGUAGUGAUGAACUUUUGAGUAUAUCAUCGAAUACGACUAAGUUGUUAAAUGAGAUUAACGGAGUGUUUGACGAUGCUUCCGAAUCUUCGAUAUCUGAAUGUUGGUCUAUAGCCUCCACUGAGUUACUCCCGAGAAUCCAGUCUUUGGUAAUUUCUGUUAUUCGGAAAACAUGCGUAUCAGAAGACCGUAAAACUGAUAAUCGUAGCGUGGAAAUUGAGGGUCUUUCUCAACAGAUAAAGGACAAUUACAUGAAGUUCGAUAGUACCAUUAGACUGGUAGAGAAGUUAUCUCCUCUUCCUGUUGACAAUUCGCACUUGAUCAUGAAAACCUUGGGGAAAGAGCUGCUUCCCGUUGACUGCCACAUGUUACUGCAGCUAUAUUGCAGCAAGAAUUUCAUUGACAUAACCAGCAUCGGAGGCGCUAUUACUGCCAACAACCGAUCUUCUGUAGUUGAAUCUAUAAAGGAUAAAGAGAUACAGACUUUAUUCCGGUCAUAUCUAGAUGCCAUCAAGCAGAAGGACAGCAUUCGUGGCAUUGAUGUUUCUAAGGAAUUAAAGGCUGCUAUGUACAUUAGUUGCAACGCCAAGAAGGAGCGCAAGAAGUUUAUUUCAGGCCAGCUGACACACCACGAGUUACAGUUGGCUGGGCUUAACAGUGACGAUGUAAUGAGAGCUGCUUACUGCACUCUAAUGAUUGCGUUACUUCGCAAGGGUCACUAUGCCUUUUUAGUGGAAAAAGAGUGGUGCAUUCGUGGCUGCAUUGACAGUUUAACAGGGCUCCUUGAUGAAUCCGUUGUGGAGCUCGUAAAGCGCUGUUUAGAUACUAACGAUGUCGACAGCGUUGCUGCAUGCCAAGCACAAAUGAAACAAAGCGGUUCCUAAG